AACGCGGACUUGGUGACGAUGAAAUGAAAGGAAGGUGUUAACUUGUCAGUAAAUAGCAGAUCAAAUGCGUUUUAGACAUUUCAUAAAUCACACCUGUCGCCAUAAAUAAUUUACCUGCUGCUUUUCUUCUCCAAGAAAAAUAGUGCUCGUAUUUGCUCAAUUCUCAAAUACAAUUACCCGUAAUCUGGCUCAAUUUUUGCUACUUGACAACUUCCUAAACAUUAACUAGCUAAAUAGACCCCAAUCUAUCCAAGAAACCACAUUUUUUAUGUGUUUGUGAUCCUCCGCGUAACGUCAGCAUCAGCUGUGCGAGUGCCCUGGCACUGCGCAGGCGCAGUAGAAAUCGGUCUUGUGUCGUUUUGGACUGAAUCCAACGACAAAGUGGAUCCCACUAAAGGAUUUCCAGUACCUUAGGACGGACCUCACGGAAUCAGUACUUGUACUGUAUCGACUCGGACCGAACAUGGACCAGAGCCAGUUGCAGCAGCAGCAGGAGGAGGAGGCGGUGCCGGCCGCGGCGCCGGAAGGGGUCUCGGAGCCCACGCCGGCCGCCGACGCGCCGGCGCCCGUCUCCUACAACGACCUGUUCCCGGCACUGCCCGACAGCGGCAUCGAGGCCGGCGGGCCCACGCCCGGCCAGACCAACCCGUGGGCGCAGCGCAUGCGCGUGGGAACGUCGAGUGUCACCCAGGUGUUCCACGUGCCCACGGAGGAGCGCAAGUCGGACAGCAAGUUUGGCGAGGACAGCUCCUACACGCGCUGUGGUGACAUCAUGCAGAAGACGGGCACCAACAUCGAGGUGUCGACCGGACGUGACGGCAGCCUCACCUUCAUGAUCAGCGGCAAGCAGGAGCAGGUGCUGCGCGCCAAGCGCCACAUCCUCGAAAACUUCCAGACCCAGGCCACGCAGAGCAUCACCAUCCCCAAGGAGCACCACCGGUUCAUCCUGGGCCGUGGCGGUCAGCGUCUGCGCGAUCUGGAGACACAGACGGCCACCAAGAUCCAGGUGCCGGGACAGGCCGACCCGAGCGAUAAGAUCACCGUGGCGGGAAUCAAGGAGGGUAUCGAGAAGGCCAUCCACGAACUGCAGAUGAUCAGCGACGAGCAGUCGAAGCAGGCCUACGAAAAGCUCGAGGUUCCCAAGAAGUACCACCCAUUCAUCUGCGGCGCUCACAACGAGAACAUCACGCGCAUGCAGAACGAGAACCCGGGCAUCCGCAUCAACAUGCCUCCUCUCUCCGUGAUGAAGGACGAGCUGACCAUCACGGGAGAGAAGGAGGGCGUGAUGCGCGCCAAACAGCAGAUCCUGGCCAUCUAUGAGGAAAUGCAGCGCACCUGCACCUGUGUUAGUGUGGAGGUGGUGAAGGCCCAGCACAAGUACCUGAUCGGGCCGCGCGGCAACAACAUCGCCGAGAUCCUCCAGAAGACGGGCGUGUUUGUGGAGAUGCCGCCGACCGACUCGACUUCGGAUACGAUUACGCUGCGCGGACCCCAGGAUAAGCUCGGACAGGCGCUGACUAUGGUGUACGACAAGGCGAACAGCGUGGUGAUGACCGAAGUAAACGCACCCGUCUGGUGCCACAAAUACAUCAUCGGCAAGAAGGGCGCAGACAUCAAGGCCAUCACUUCCGAUAUUCCUAAGGUCCACGUUGAGUUCGACACCAGCUCUAGCAAGGUGAAGAUCGAAGGACCUAAGGAAGAUGUGGAGAAGGCCCGCGAGAGGAUCGCGGCUCGCGCCAAGGAGCUGGAGGACAGCAUGUGUGUCGAGGAGCUGGACAUUCCCACCAAGUACCACAAGCACAUCAUCGGAAAGGCUGGAGCCAACAUCAACAGGAUCAAGGCUGAGCACGGUGUUUACGUCUCGAUCCCGGAGAACGAGGCCUCCACCAUCGUCAAGAUCGAGGGUCCCAAGGAGGGAGUGCUGGGCGCCAAGGCCGAGCUGCUGGACAUGAAAAACAAGAUGGAGAACGAGAAGGAGCGGGACAUCAUCAUCGAGAGCCGCUUCCACCGGCAGAUUAUUGGCACGAAGGGCGAGAACAUUACCCAGAUCCGACAGCAGUUUGACCAGGUCCAGAUUGUCUUCCCCCGGCAGGGUGAGAAGUCGGACGUGGUGAAGAUCCGCGGCCCGAAGGACAUGGUGGACCAGUCGUACAAGCACCUGCAGAAGCUGGUCAAGGGACUCAUGGAGUCCGGGUACCAGGAGCGCGUUUCGAUCUACAAGCAGCACCACAAGUUCAUCAUCGGCAAGGGCGGCGUCAACAUCCGCAAAAUCCGCGACGAGACCAACACGCGGAUCGACCUGCCGGACGAGUCUUCCGAGAGCAGCGAAAUCGUCAUCACUGGUCGAAAGGAAGACGUCCUCGCUGCCCGUGACCGGAUUCAGAAGAUUCAGAACGAGCUGGAUAAUAUCAUCCAGAAGGACAUCAACGUGCCGAGCAAAUUCCACAACAGUAUCAUCGGUCCGGGCGGUCGCCUCAUCCAGUCCAUAAUGGAGGAGUGCGGCGGCGUGCAGAUUAAAUUCCCGUCCGCCGACAGCAAGUCUGACAAGGUAACAAUCCGCGGCCCCAAGGAUGACGUGGAGAAGGCCGAGGGCAUCCUUACCGAGCUGGCUAACGAGAAGACGCUCAACGGGCACACGGCCGAGGUGCGCGCCAAGCACGAGCAUCAUCGCUUCCUUAUCGGCAAAAACGGCUCAAAGAUCGAGGCGCUGCGGACGGGCACGGGAACCAGGAUUGUGUUCCCCAGCGAGAGCGACAAGGACUGUGAAAUAAUCACCAUCAUGGGCAAGAAGGAGGACGUGCAGCGGGCCAAGGAGCAGCUGGAGAAACUCAUCAAGGACCUGGACCAGACCGUGAUGGCCGAGAUGAGCGUCGACCCCAAACACCACCGGCACUUUGUGUCGCGGCGCGCCGAGGUUCUGCGCGAGAUCAAGGCCCAGUUCGGCGGCGUGGACGUCAGCUUCCCCCGCUCGGGCAGUGACAGCCACACGGUGUCGCUGAAGGGCGCCAAGGAGUGUGUGGAGGCGGCCAAACAGCGCAUCCAGGAGAUCGUCGACGGACUGGAGUCGCAGGUGACCAUCGAGGUGGAGAUCCCGCAGAAGCACCACGGCACUGUGAUGGGCGCGCGCGGUAUGCACGUGCAGAAAAUCACCCAGAACCACCAGGUGCAGAUCAAGUUCCCGGACCGGGCUGACCCGAACGCGCUGCCGCCGGCGCAGAACGGCUCAGAGGAGUCGGAGGCGGGUCCCCGGCGCUGUGACCUGAUCCGGGUCACCGGACCAGAGGCGGCCUGCCUGGCGGCACGGGACGCACUACUGGCCCUGGUGCCCAUCACCAUCGAGGUGGAAGUGCCGUUCGAUUACCACCGCUUCAUCAUCGGCCAGAAGGGCAAGGGUGUGCGCGACAUGAUGAGGAACUUCGACGUCAACAUCUCGAUCCCGCCUGCCGAGGAGCUCUCGAACGUGAUCCGCAUCACCGGCACGCCGGACAAGCUGGACGACGCCCGCGAGGGCCUGCUGCAGCGAGUCAAGGAGCUGGACGCCGAGAAGGCCGACCGGGAGCUGCGCUCGUUCACCCUCACUAUGCGCGUGAACCCCGACUACCACCCCAAGAUCAUCGGCCGCAAGGGAGCCGUCAUCUCCAAGAUCCGGCUGGACCACGAGGUCAACGUCCAGUUCCCGCAGAAGGACUCUGAGGAGCCGGACCUGAUCACCAUCACUGGCUACGAGGAGAAGGCGCACGCCGCCGAGGCCGCCAUCCGGCAGAUCGUCGGCGACCUGGAGUCACAGUCGCGCGAGGAGCUGCGUAUCGACCCGCGCGUGCACGCACGCAUCAUCGGCGGGCGCGGAAAGAACAUCCGCGCCAUCAUGAACGAGUUCCAGGUGGACGUGCGUUUCCCGCGCUACGACGACCCGGAGCCGGACCUGGUCGUCAUCACCGGAGCAGAGGACGCCGUGUUCGAGUGCGCCGAGCGCCUCCGUAACCUCGAGGAGGAGUACAUGCAGGAUGUGGUGGAGAGGGAGGAGAUGAACGCCCACGUGCGCGGCCCGAGGGACACUGGGUAUAACGGAGAGAGCACCGAGCGCACCGACAGGGCCGGUUUCGUGGUGAGCGGCGCCCCGUGGCAGCAGCAGCAGGCGGCGGCGGCCGGUGCUCGCCAGCCUGCGGCCCGCUCCAUGGCCCCCAACAUGGCCAGCGCCGAGGAGUUUCCCAGCUUCGGAGACACGGCCAACCGCACGCCGGUGGUCUGGGGCCCGCGCCGCUAGACGACUGAGACGAGAGAGAGAGACGACAGACGGAGACGGACCGCUGCUGCUACUGCUGCUUAACGGACGGACUGACGAUCGGCGCGCGAGAGGGAGAGAGCGACUGGGAACGAGCGAGAGCGAGCAGAGUGAAUGGAGCGUGAUUAGCCACAAGUGUCUUCCUUGAAUCCCGGCGGCGUGGGGCUGGCGGGGACGCGAUCUGCUUGCCGAGACGGGGCAGCCUAUUUUGAAAUGAUUCCAGUUUAUUUAGGGUUGGUUUGGCCUUGGCAUGGUUGUUUUUAACCGGUGCAUGACAAGAGAGUGUGCACUUUUUGUUGCUAUUUUAGGGCGCCAUGGUAUUUCGACGUGGCCCGACUGACCGCGACAAUAAUUGGCGCGCGCGCGCGCUCGUGAAUGCUGUGCGGCGGGGGAGCGGGCAGGCGGGCGGGGCGGGAUGCUCCUGCCGGCGGCUGGGCACGGAUGGGAUGUGAUUGUGACUUGGGUCCCGAUUUUGUACAAAGGGCCGCCGCGUGUGGUGCACGCAAGUCAUAAUAGCAUUCUAUGGACAUGGCGACGCCUGACAGUCGCCCGGUAUACAUAUAUUCUAUGUUACAGCUCUAGUGGUGGUGACAGUAUACGACGAAUAUAAAUUAUGAAAUACACCACAUUUGGCCCGUCGGGUA